AAGAAGAGGAAAGUGAUUACUGUUUCAUUUCCCACAGGGGGAUGUGCUGAGACAGUCCAGUGUGGGAGAUGCCCGGGGUGGAUGCUGAUGAGCGCGGAGCUGACAACACAGUGUCCGCUUCUCUCCACAUGGGGACCGUCUCAUCGGUUCGCUCCAGACCGGCUCCGGCUGCAAGACGGGCCCCGUCCGCAGCUCAGCGGGCACGGACAGGCGGCGAGGCGAAAGGAUGCCCCUGUCCAUCUGGACCAGCCUGGCCGGGAAGGGGAAAGGUGUGUAGUUCCCGGGAUACAGCUCCGAUCAGUGGCUCUGGAGCCCGUCAGCGAACAGAUUGUGAUUCCCAUGCUUUAUUCACAACUCACGACAUGUUCAACAUAGAGAGCCCAGAUGAACAUCUGGAUGAAGAUGGCAACGGGGAGGGCAAAUCUCAGGCGGACUCGGGAACUGCACUUGGAACAAAUGCCCCAGAAGAAUCAGCAGUCAGAAUUUACACCAUGGAGACCACACCCGCAGAAAUCAAGGAACUUGGCAACAGCACCCUGGAGUACUUAAAACCUGAUAAUCCCGAGAAGAUGUGGAUUCGCUUGCAAGGAUUACAGAACUACAGAAACACAUCACAAAGGCUAAGAUGUCUUGUGAAACAGCUAGAGAGAGGUGAGAUCAAUGUGUCAGAUUUAAAGAAGAAUAUUGAAUAUGCAGCCUCGGUACUGGAAGCAGUUUAUAUUGAUGAGACAAGGCGUCUCCUGGACACUGAGGACGAACUCUGUGACAUCCAGUCGGACUCCGUGCCAUCAGAGGUUCGAGACUGGCUGGCAUCCACAUUCACCAGGAAGAUGGGCGUGAUGAGAAGACGACCCGUGGAGAAGCCGAGGUUCCGCAGCAUUGUCCAUGCUGUUCAAGCCGGCAUUUUCGUGGAAAGGAUGUACCGAAGGACAUCGAACAUGAUAGGACUGACUUAUCCAACCGCAGUGAUAUCUGCUCUCAAGGAUGUUGAUAAGUGGUCAUUUAAUGUGUUCGCACUCAAUGAAGCCAGUGGAGACCACGCACUGAAGUUCAUCGUGCAUGAGCUGUUCACCCGAUACGACCUUAUCAAUCGCUUCAGGAUCCCUGCGUCUUCACUAAUAACUUUUGUUGAAGCCCUGGAGGCAGGUUAUAGCAAGUACAAGAAUCCUUACCAUAACUUAAUCCAUGCAGCAGAUGUGGCCCAGACUGUGCAUUAUCUCAUGCUCCACACUGGCAUUAUGCACUGGUUUACAGAACUGGAUAUCCUAGCCAUGCUCUUUGCUGCCGCCAUUCAUGACUAUGAGCAUACAGGGACCACAAAUAACUUCCACAUUCAAACCAGAUCAGGUGUAGCUACUUUGUACAACGAUCGAUCUGUUCUUGAAAACUAUCACGUGAGCGCUGCGUACCGAUUAAUGCAGGAAGAGGAAAUGAACAUCAUGUGCAAUUUGACGAAAGAUGAUUGGAGGGAUCUGCGAUCUUUGGUGAUAGAAAUGGUUUUAUCAACCGACAUGUCUUGUCAUUUCCAACAAAUCAAGACCAUGAGAAAUACUUUACAGCAGCCUGAAGGGACUGACAAAGCUAAAGUCAUGUCACUAAUGCUGCAUGCCGCAGAUAUAAGCCACCCUGCAAAGUCCUGGGAUCAGCACUACCGGUGGACAAUGACAUUGAUGGAAGAAUUCUUUAGACAGGGUGACAAUGAGGCAGACUUAGGGUUGCCAUUUUCUCCACUUUGUGACCGAAAAUCCACAAUGGUGGCUCAAUCUCAGAUCGGUUUUAUUGAUUUUAUUGUGGAGCCAACCUUCUCUGUUCUGACAGAUAUAGCAGAAAAGAUAAUAACACCUCUUAUAGAGGAAGCUUCUCAAUCUGAGUCUGACUUUCAACGGCAGAGUCUUGCCAAUAUUGGAGUAGGAACCACUCCAGACUCAACCCGAAGGCACAGCGUAAGGAGCGUUGCAUCAGAUGGAGGCUGUUCCACAGAGUAUUCGGUAUCUACCGUGGACAUCAAAUGCUUUAAGUUGAACUGGAUGGACAUAAUUCAGCAAAAUAAAGAAAAAUGGAAAGAGCUGGCAAUUCAAGAUACAGAAGAAAAAACAAGGGAGACUACAGAACAAAAUAAGAAUGAUGACCAACACCAGAACAAUGAUGACAGCACUGAGAAUCUAAUAGCAGCAGAUGAUAAAAUAAAUAUGGGAUGUGACAAAGAGAUCCUGGAAAGGCAUAGUUCUCCAUCCAAGUCACUUGUCAACCAGGCUUGCCAGCUCUCAACAGCUUCCAGCAACCCUAUUCUGCAAAUACAUCUCCAUACCACCAGCUGUGAUUCAGCAAACUGGGACCAUGAUGCUAAUGUAGCAGAGACUGUGAUUCAACAUGGACCACCAUGGAAUGGUGAGGUGAAACACAUUAAGAACUCGGAGGAGUCAAUGAAUAACAGCAAAGCUAACGAGAGAAUGGAACACAAAGCUACCUUUAUUCAUGACUAAUUGAGAGAAGCUUCCAAGAAUGUGGCCCUACAUGGAGAACAAGAAAGAAAGGGUUUAACGAGUGGCUCUGGAAUGAUUAGAAAUAUAUACUACACCUUCACUGAGCACCUCUCAACAUCUCUGGUGCUUUACUUCCAGGAACUUGGACUUGAUAAUGUGACAUUGUCCUUUAAAAGAAGGAGUGGAGCAGGUGGCUGGAAUGUUCUUUUUAUGAACAAUUUAAUCUAACAAUUUCCUCUUCAAUAACUUUCCCAUUUGGCAAUUGUUGUAUAUCUUACAAUAUCAGCCAGCACAGAAGGACAUCUGGGCUCGCUUUGUAUUGCUGAUAAAAUUGCUUUUGAUAGCAGCACUUACAAAUAAUUUUGUUCUUAAGUCAGUUGAUAAAAGCUUCAAAUUGGAACAGAAUGACUAAUCUUCCCUAUGCUUUAUCCCCUCGACUAGAACAACAAACAAUGUACAAAUAAUAAUUUGACAGCUGACAAGGAUGUUUGUAGCCUCAGGAUGCACUGUAGAACUUCAGGCAUUUGUAUAAUUGUUUCAUUCUGAUGGGAAUAGAAUGGGAGGCCUAUGUAUUUUAAAUUCUGCUGAUGCGCACAGGCAUUUUUAUUGCUCUCAGUACAAAAUUAAAAAAGAGCCACAUAUUACAUUGAUGCAACUUUUUGAUCUCCCUUGUCUGCUUCUUCAUAAUCAGGCCCUAACAUGAUUUU